UUAACCUGUAUGUAUGUGCGAAUAAUAUAUCGUCCAAUGGGUAAUAUAUGUCAACAGUCCUCUAACUACAGGGUAUAUGAGGUGGGACGAUGAGCAGAUAUAAAGUUUAUUAAUCAUUUAAGAGAAAUUCAGCUGUCCUCUAACUAAAAAUAAAAUAAAUGGAGUAAAUUUAAUAUUUAAACAAGUGAUUAUUACAUUGUUUAUAUAACAGUUAUAGUAGUAAAUAGAGAAAUACAUAGUAACUUCAUUGUGUAAAUACAUUAAAUCCAUACUUUACACAUCCUUAUCUUAACAGUGAUAAUGAAUGACAUAAUAAUGAUGGGUAUUUCACAUCUUACAGCCAGGUCACCGAGGUCUUCACAUGACACAUGCGAUGUGAUGUCAGCAUGUGCCAGUACUGAUAGAUCUAACUAUACCUGUGCUCUUCCUGAAAUGAGAGUAAAACAUUCAGUUCCUUGUCAGAUGAUAGUUUACUAGAAUGGCUUCCAAUGAAAAUGAACAUGAUAACUGCUGCCUUUAUUUAAAAUUAAAUGGAAAUCUGUAAACAGCAUCACAGCUUGGUUAGUCCAGUUCUUCCAGCUGUAAACGCACUUGUUUGUGUCAGACGAAAACCCCGAGGCCACUUCCAGUUUAGUUGCAGGAAGUUCGAAAGAGGUGAUUGUGAAAGAAAUACCAUCUGUCAUUAUUGUGAAUUCGUCAAGCACAUUUUCACACUCGACCACGUCACAGCUGAUACGACAUGUGAGCGUUAUCAUUAUAAAAUUGGAUCGUGCAAGAGUGUUGUUGCAGUUGCUGUAAAGGACGGUGAGGAACAGUUGGAUGUGUUGUUCUCUUGCUGUGUAGCUGGCUGUAACACCAUAUCACCUUACAUCAGAAGAAGCAGAUUCAAGUGGACCCAAACACAGUUGAACAUGCCCUUAAAAGCUCUAGUCUGGUCUUAAUCAGCACCUUAAGUAUUACUGAAGAAAACAGCAGCACACUGUUGGAUUCUGCACAGCAAAUCUCCUCUGUGAUGCCUGCAGUCAACAGAUUCAGGUCUCUUUACCAGAGACUAAACAGUGACAUCAAGGAUGGCCUGGCUCGGAAUCCUUUGAGUCUCCAAGAGUCAGCGAACGCACCAACAGACUUUCAGAGGGAGGUGGACCCAGUGGUGUCCGCCAUCAGGAGGGGGGAUGUAGAGGCUCUUAAUGGUCUGGCAACAUCUGCUCCUCACAGCCUGAUGAAGGAGAACAACAACGGAUGGAUACCUUUGCAUGAUGCUGCCUUCAGUGGACAGACUGAGUGUCUGAGGACCCUGCUGAGGGUCCAUCCAGAUUCAGUAGACAAACGUACACUGCAGGAACAGACAGCUUUACUCCUCGCUGUGUCUUGUGAACAUUUGUCAUGUGCACAGUGUCUUCUGGAGGCAGGCGCUGACCCCGACAUCAGCAGCAAGAACAAAGAAACCCCUUUAUACAAAGCCUGUGCGCUGGAGAACAUGGACAUGGUGAGUCUCAUUAUCUCUUAUGGGGCCUCUGUGAACCAGCGGUGUGGUCAGGCCUGGACAGCCCUUCUGGAGGCUGUAUCCAGGAACAACACUGACAUCUGUGAGAUGCUUCUAAGAGCUGGGGCCACAGUCAACCCUGCUAACACCUACAGCGUUACACCUCUUAUUGUAGCAGCUCAGUGGGGACACCUGAAGGCACUGUGUUACCUCAUUGAAAAAGGUGCUGAUGUGAACAUGCAGACAUGUGAUGGACUAACAGCGUUACAUGAGGCCAGUAAAAAUGGCCACAGGGACAUCGUGGCCAUGCUGUUGGUGAAAAAUGCAGAUGCAAACAAACCCACAAACUCAGGGCUGCUACCUCUGCAUACUGCUGCGCAAUAUGGACACCAUGAGAUUGUCUCCCUGCUUGUCUCAGUGACGAGUCGUGCCAGGCUGCGACACAGUUGGAUCAGCCCUCUGCACCUGGCAGCGCAACACAACAGACACACUGUAGCAGCUGUGCUCCUUAAGACAGGUGCAGAUGUCAAUGGUACUCUGGCCCACAGUCACUCCAUCCAGUUUGCAGAUCGACGAGCUACAGCCCUCUACUUUGCAGUUGCCCACGGCAGCAGAGAGACAGCAGAGGUUUUAUUAAAUGCUGGUGCUAGUCUGAGCCUGGACCCGGUCAGUCCUCUGCUGGUGGCUGUAAGGAGGAGCUGCGUCAGCACUGUGUCCUUACUGCUGGAACGAGGAGCCGAUACCAAUGCCAGAAUCCCAUGUUAUGCUACAAUGUUCCCUGCUGUUAUUGCACUGUGUAUGAAUAAUCUGCCCCUUCUUAAGUGCCUCCUGGACAAUGGCUGCGAUGCCCUUUCCUGUUUUACCUGCACAUAUGGCAGCAUUCCUCACCCAGCCCCAACAGUCUCUCAUUUAAAUACUACUGGUAGCAAUGGAUAUGUCUUUCAGAAUGACAGUGUGCUCAGUGUAAACUGCAACGAACCACCAGAAAAUACAACACAGUUCUGUGAGUGGGUAUCAUCAUCUGUUAUGUGUAGCUGGGCAGGACCCAUCAUAGACUUACUGCUGGAGCAUGUCGGUCAAGUUCAGAUGUGCAGUAAGCUCAAUGAACUCCUGGACAGCCGAGAAGAAUGGCGUGCCAUCAAGAGGAAGUCAUUAUCACCUCGUCCACUGCUGCACCUUUGCAGAGUAAAGAUUCGGACUCAGAUGGGGAGACAGAGACUGAGGUCUGUGCCCAGCCUACCUCUGCCAGACAGAAUGAUCAGAUACCUGAGCCUGACUGACUGAUAUGUUCAAUUAAUAUCCAAGACUUCCUUUUUUUUUUUUUUUUGCGUCUUUUUAAUUUCCAUCUAAUACCUCAAAUGUGUAAAUAUCCCUUCAAAGCAGCUCCUUGUGUAUAAAAUUUCUAUUUAUAAAACGUGUACUGUGACAAUAAGGUUCUUUGAAUUGUCUGUAAGAAUGUUUUGAAGUCUUACAGUAACCCUUGGUGAAAAGUAAAAAUGAUCUUAUGUCAAAAUGAGUUCUUAUGGGAAUUUGUGUCAUUUAUUUAAAAAUAAAAGUCACUGUCUCUAUCAAACAUUA